AUGGAUAUUGAUGUAAGCGAUGAAAAUAAUAACUACAGUAAUAGUGAUAGCAAUAACGAAGAGAACAUUGAUAUCAAUUAUAAUAACAAUAAUGAUAGUGGUACAUUUGAUGUCGGAGAGUUCGGUAAUGACAAUGUUGACUAUUCUUGUACAGUUGAGACUGAUAAUGUUAUUAAUCAUGAAAUAUCAAGUCAAACAUCUAACUUAUCCCAGGAAUCUUUGGAAAGUAAUACUUCUCGUAUAAUCUCUGAUUAUGAAGAUGAAAUUCCAAAACAACAAGUUCCUAAAAUUGAUCUAAUGACACUAGAACUUGCUGCGGCUUUGGAUAGAACUAAUGUGAGUAACGAUUUACUCGGACUAGACAAUCCGCAAGGUGACAAACAUAACAGUACUGUCGAUAAUAGCACUGACCCUACAAAUAAGACUGACAAUAACGCAAGUAGAGUAGCUGACCCCAAAGAUACAAACAGUGUGACUCAACCCGUCGAGGUAGUAAUUAGACAAUUAAGAGCCGAAGCAAAAACCUGGAAAACAGCUUGUCAGCAAUUGAUGUCACCCUUUGCCAGUACCUUAGCUCGAACGAUGCCUAACACGAUAAAUAAUAAUAAUCACAUCAAUGACACAUAUGCGUUUCAGCCGCGGGAAUUCCCGAGUUAA